AUGAUUAAAGAUAACAACGAAAUUGUUCCACUAAUGGGCAAGAAAACAAACCCACCUGGAAUUCCCCCUGCAAACCAGCAAGAGAAAAAGGUGACUGAAGGCACUCCCACCAAGAAAAGUUCCCACUUUUUCCUGGAGAUUGAUGGUUUUGAAAGCAAUGCCACUCCCAAUAACACCUCUCCCCCAGUGUUUUCCAAACCGAUGGAUUCAAAUAUUCGCCCGUGUGCAUCUGGAAAUGGGGAAGACAUGGAUUCCCCACAGUCUAUUCAGGAUGAUGCCACUGAAUACAGCCCUAACGUCGACACUUGUGGUGCUAACACAUGCCAAGGCCCUGAGCUGACGAGUGCCAGGAAGAAGCUGAAGAGGAACCUGUUCCGGGCGGUGUCUGAGGGGAACAUGGAGGAACUGCAGCGGCUGCUGGCAGAGCUGAAGGAGCGAUCGAGUGCCUGCACCAACCUGCCUGUGCCAGAUUACCUGAUGAAAAAGUUCACAGCUUCAGACACUGGCAAGACUUGUCUGAUGAAAGCUCUGCUGAACAUCAACCAGAACACAAAUGAGAUAGUGAACAUGCUCCUGUCCUUUGCAGAGGAAAAUGGCAUUUUGGAGAGAUUUAUCAAUGCAGCAUACACAGAAGAAGCAUAUAAAGGCCAGACAGCUCUAAAUAUUGCCAUUGAGAGGAGACAGUAUGAAAUCACUGAGACCCUCAUAGAAAAAGGAGCAGAUGUGAAUGCUCAUGCCCAGGGUAUUUUCUUUAAUCCCAAACACAAGCAUGAAGGCUUUUAUUUUGGUGAGACUGCACUGGCUUUAGCAGCAUGUACCAACCAGCCAGACAUAAUUGAGCUGUUAAUGGACAAUGCCAGGACCAAUAUUUCCUCUCAGGAUUCCAGAGGAAACAAUAUCCUCCAUGCAUUAGUUACUGUGGCAGAGGACUCCAAAACACAGAAUGACUUUGUGAUGAGAAUGUACGACAUGAUUCUGCUGAAAAGUAAAGACAGAAAUCUGGAAACAACCAAGAAUAAGGAGGGUUUGACACCACUGCAAUUAGCUGCAAAAACUGGGAAAUUAGAGAUUCUGAAGUACAUCCUGAGCAGAGAGAUCAGAGAGAAGCCAAACAGGAGCCUGUCAAGAAAAUUCACAGACUGGGCUUAUGGUCCUGUUCAGUCUUCUCUGUAUGAUCUGACAGAGCUGGAUACCACUGCUGAUAACUCAGUGCUGGAAAUCAUUGUCUAUAAUACAAAUAUUGGUAAUCGCCAUGAAAUGCUGACUUUGGAGCCCCUGAACUCACUUCUGAGGAUGAAAUGGAAGAAGUUUGCACGGCACAUGUUUUUCAUGUCCUGCUGUUUUUAUUUCUUGUACAAUGUAACAUUAACACUGGUUUCCUACCACAGGCCUAAUGAAAACAAAGCUCCUCCUUAUCCACUGGCUCUGACCCAAGGAGUGGGGUGGCUGCAGUUGUCAGGACAGGUGAUGGUUAUGUUAGGAGCAAUAUUUUUAGCCAUAAAAGAGAGUGUGGCCAUCUUCCUGCUCAGGCCCUCAGACCUGCAGUCAAUUCUCUCUGAUGCCUGGUUCCACUUUGCAUUUUUUAUACAAGCUUUGCUUGUGAUCUUCUCUGUCUUUUUGUACUUGUUUUCCUACAAAGAACACCUGGUGUGUCUUGUUUUGGCAAUGGCCCUUGGCUGGGCCAAUAUGCUCUAUUUCACCAGAGGAUUCCAGUCCAUGGGAAUUUACAGUGUGAUGAUUCAAAAGGUCAUCCUGCAAGAUGUGAUAAAGUUUUUAGUUGUCUAUAUCGUGUUUUUGCUGGGAUUUGGCGUAGCUCUUGCUGCCCUGAUUGAGACGUGCCAGGAGGGUGGGGAAUGCCGUUCCAACAGCAGCCUGGGACCUGUCCUGAUGGAUCUUUUCAAGCUCACCCUAGGACUGGGUGACCUGGAGAUCCAGCAGAAUUCCAAGUACCCUGUUCUGUUUCUCCUGCUCCUCAUAACUUUCGUUGUGCUGACUUUUGUUCUUCUCUUGAACAUGCUGAUUGCUUUAAUGGGAGAAACUGUGGAGGAUAUUUCUAAGGAGAGCGAGCACAUCUGGAAACUCCAGAGAGCCAGGACUAUUUUGGAAUUUGAAAAAUUCUUACCAAAAUGCCUGAGGAAAAAAUUCCAGCUGGGAGAACGGUGCAAAGUGGCUGAAAAUGACACCAGGGUGUGUUUAAGGAUUAAUGAAGUGAAAUGGACUGAGUGGAAAACCCAUGUUUCAUUUAUUAAUGAAGAUCCAGGGCCAACAGAUCCAAGCAAAAUUCAAGAUAAUUCAAGAACUAAUAGCAAAAACACCCUGAAUACAUUUGAAGAAAUGGAUGACUUGCCAGAAACUUCUGUUUAG